UUUAUUUCGCGCGAGGUGUGAAAUUUCUUCAAAAAAAUUCCAUGUGAAUCUUCACAAAAAUGUCCCGUUAAUUUUAUUCGCGCUGUAGUCGUUUGACAGGCUUUUCGCUAAGUGUUUAUAGAUGAGUCUAAAGCGGCAAGGGUCAUUCCCUAAUGUGUUUCCAUCAAGAAAGCGGCGAGUUGUAAAAGCCACCGGUAGCCGAGAUGAUAAAGACGAGGACAAAGAAACAGAUCUAAUAGAAAUACCAAAUGACACUAAAGCCGCACUUCUCUUCCUCAAGUCACUAUUCCCAGUCCAAGCAUUCAAUGGUCAAGUCCCUCCAAUACUGCUGAAGCACCAACUGUACUGUGUCGUCAAUGACAAAACCACAGUUGAUAGGCAGCUGAAUAAGAUGUGGGAGACUAAUGAGGUCCGUCUAUUCAAGUUGGUGACUGGAUCGGAUGAGUUUGCUGUUAUGCUAACAAGUGAUUAUAUUUCACAUCUGAGAUCCAAGAUGACCAAUAACACAACAAAUUCUGCAGAAAAAUUCAUAGCCAACGUGUUGCCAAGCUGUGUUGAUGUCAGCUUUAGUAGAAAGACAUUAUCAGAAAACCAUAGUCUUACUGAAGAAGAGAUCACACAAUUAAUAAACUUGGGAGCCUUGGCCGUGAGGGAUGUUGGUAGCUGGUGGCUCAGUAUACCAGGGGCAGGUCACUUUAUGAAAAGCUUCUCCAAAGGAAGAAAAGCAGUAAUAAGAACUAUAAAGAACACAAAAUACAAAGAAAUGUUACAGAAGGAGCUGGAAUCACGUAAUCUGAGUACACACUCAAAGCUUGGGGUUAAGUAUCAUAUUUAUGAUAUCAUUGGAGCGGAGCUAGUACAAAGGAUCGACACCACUUCAGGACCUCUCCUCCGACUUCGAUCGUGAAAAACAAAAGGCAGUACAGACAGUGUAUUUAUUAUACAGAAAGCCAAUAUCAGAGUUAUCGUAUUUUAUAACUAUUGUUAAAUUGAGAUAUGAUUUAAUCAUAACUAUCAUUAACUAUGAUCAAAUGGACUUCUUUUUCAUGGCCACAAAUUUGUUACUGGGCGUGUUUAUCAUCUUAAGUCAUACUUAUAGGUCACUUAAAGUCCAUUUAAUCAUAUUUCUAUUAUUAUCUUCAGCGUCUACGUGUCGAGCACCCUGGGAGGAUUAGUUAACUAUAUUUAUUAACUACCGGUAAUAACCAAGAACUGGUAUUCGACUCUGCAGACUCGAAUACCAGUUUUUGGUGGAUCGUAUUUAUUCUCUGGUUUACGAACACGACUAUUUGGGCCUUUUUUACUGAUUCGUAUUAACUACUACAAGUAUUGUACAGUAUAUCAUGUUUAUAAUCAAAAUUUAUCAUGGAACGAAAGACAAUUUUAUUUUUGUAUUUAGUUGACAUGAGACAAACAUACCAUGAUCAAACGGAUUUAGUGGCGCACUAAUUUUUUUUUUUUGAAUAGCCAAACAAGAGAACAGGACUUUUGCUAUGCAAAUAUUAUUGUCUGCAAAAAAAAAGGAAAAAAUAAAUAAUUAUUUAUAUAA